AAAGCGAAAGGCGGCCCCGGGACGGCCCCGGAGGUGUCUGAGGAGCCGCCGGCAGCUGCGGGAGCCCCGGCCGUGUCCCCAGCCCGUCCCGGCCGUGCUCCCAGCCCGUCCCGGCCGUGCCCGCCGGGAGCUGAGCGAAGUCUGUGAAUUUUAGCUGCUCGAUCCAAACCAGAGAGGGGUUCCGGGAUCCUGAACCUCAGUUUCAAGCCUCUGAGUGAAGGCGGUGUCGGCUCAGCAUCAAGGUUUCCAUGGAUGCUACAAGACCCCCAUUAUCUCUACAUGACAAUGGUUUUAGUAUGGUAUCCCCUGAUCCACUUGGGACAUCCCUGGAAGAAAUGGAAAAACUUAAGGAAGAGCUGAGGCUGUGGAAGAUAAGAGUUGAAGAUAUUGAAAAGGCAAAAGCUGACCUUUUUUCCUCCAAAGUAAGAGCUGAUACAGAGUGUGACAGAGCAGAGAAGGAGCUGGCAGAUCUGAAGGAGCAGGAGAAGCAGCGUCAGGACAGAAUCACCAGCUCUGAGCAGGAACUCUUGCUGCUAAAGCAAGAAAACACGGAGCUGAAGAAGGAGAUUGAAAAGCUCAAAGAAGACCUGGAAGAACACAGUUCCCAGGAUAAUCUGUUGGAGAUUAAAAAGAAGGUGGCAGAAAUGAAAUUGAAGUUCACUCACCUGGAGGAGAUGAAGGAUGAUGGGGCAGAUAGGGAUAUGGACGCCCACUGUGUCUUUGGGGCAGCCACAAAAACCCCCUUCAGACUCAACCAGAACCAGGCACUGCUGACUUUUGAAGAUGAAGAAGUUGCCCAGAGGCUGACAAAGAUGAGCAAGCACUGUGUGAACCUGGACAACAGAACAGCAAAUGUGACAGUGAAGCCUUUUGAACUUGACAUGGGGUUCCAGUUUGAGCUCCAUGUCACUGUCUCUGGAAGGAAGAUCAACGUUUCAGACAUACCUGAGCUUUCCAUUCCUGAAGAUUGGAUGAGAGACAAACUUGAGCUGCAUUUCUACAAAACUGAGCAGGCAGAAGGAGGAGGAGAAAUAGAAAAUGUGACCUACAACAAGGGGUCUGGGACAGCUGUCAUCACAUUCCUCAAACCUGGAGCAAGCUACAACUUUGUGGGAUGUACUAAAUACCCUUUCUGUGCAGAGGAAAGGUGGUUCAACAUUUCUGUCUCCCCACAUUUUGAUUUCCACUUGAGGAAGUUUCAGCCACACUGCAGGGUUUCCAAGAAAACCAUUCUGCUGAAAGGAAUCCCAGAGGUGGAAGAGGAUGAAGAAAGUGUGCAGGACAUGAUUGAAAUUCACUUCCAAAAGCCAAGCAAUGGUGGGGGGGAGAUUGAGGGAAUCAAAUACCUCUCCAGAGGAGCAGCCUAUGUUUGCUUUGAGGAGGAUACUGGGAAUGCCACCUCAGAAAUCACAGGGGACUCAUGAAGUUCUGAGGUUUUGUUCCUCAGGGAUUUAAGUAGAUAUUGUGCUUUAAUGGUCUGAAAUUGAUACUCUAGAAAAGGAAUCCCUGCCUUUCUGAUUUGUCUCAUGGCACUGGCUUUGCACAGGAAGUCAGCAAAACUCCCUGCCUGUGUUGCAGAUUAAAGGCACAGACCGAGCCUUCAGCAGCCCCUGAAACAUCUCAGAUUUUCUGCAACUUUGCAUAUUUUAUACCUUGCAGAUUUUUAGAUACUCCAGGGUGGGCUGAGUGGAUUAUUUCUUACAUUCUGGAUACAAAAGCCAUACUUAAUCCCAAUCCAAGCCUCCUCCCAGUCCUGCUUUGUUGAGUGCCAGAGCUUCAGAAUGUGGCUCUGACACAACUCCAGUCCUGCUGAGGUUGCUGAGUGCCACCAGAACUCAAACACCUGAAAGAAUCUUGUAAUCUCACAAAAGCCCCUUAUCAAAUUAGUGAUAGAAUUAAAAUAGAAAAUGGGGGCUGCCAAACCAAGAAAUGGCACUUAAGAAAUGCCCUGGCAUUUGCUGCCUUUAGCUGUCGAGCAGUUCGUAGCCUGCUUUAUUUUUGAUUGUAGUAUUUGUUCCUGCAAUUCAAUUUUCCUAGUUUUUGUUCAUGAUUUUGGUUAUUUUAAAUUAUUUCAGCCAAGGAUUGAGCUGAUGCUGUCCCUGGUUUGGUAGCAGUGCUGCUGAACAGCCCUGAGAGAUCUGGUGAUCCCAGGCUGGGGCUGGGAGGGCUUGGAGAGUGGUUUUCCAAGGAGGAAUGUUUUUCCUUUUCUGCUUGUCAUCCUUGUAAAACAAAUCCUCCUCUGACUUUGCACUUUUCCCACCCUUGGAGUCUGAAAUGGUUUGGCCCUAACAGUCUUAACUCCAAACCAACAUGAGCCUGACAUUAGAAAUAAUUAAUUUUUGGGGUAUUUGACAUCUUGAUGUGCAGGGAAAGGAGAGGGAAUACCUCAGGGAUCAUUAUUCCAGACAGACUGUUAAUUGGCCAUGGAUAAAAGUUGAAUAUGGAAAAUUAAAAGGCUGAAAACACUAGAGUUUAUUUUGAAUUUGCUGUCAAGUGAGAUACAUGUGACUGUAGCACCUCUCACUGUUUAGGGCAUGCAAAGGCAGGGAUUGAUUACCUGACCACUGUAAAAUAAUAAUUUCAAACAAAGUAGUGCUGAAGAAUUUACAGAAAUUGUGCACUUUUGCACUCUCAAAAACUUGGUAACACCAGACACCCUAAAAAGAGAGGGGGAAAAUCCUGAGAAAGGUAAAAACUGCCCUGAAUUUUAUCUCACUGAUAAAUAUUGAGAAGUAAAUCAUUAAAAAGGAAAAAGCUUAAAAUUCUCAUAAGGUGUGACUCAGGAGUAGUAGUGAGAAGCUGCAGGUUUUAAAGCCCAGAAAACAAAUCAUAUUUUUACAUUUUAAAGACAAUGUCUGUAAAUGUCUUGCCUUUGUUUGUCCCUGACGAAUUAUGGCUUGUGAUGAUUACCCUGUUAAAUUUUAAAGCAGCAGUGGUGCUUGAAAGGCUGGAGACUGGUUUUAAUGAUGAAAAAUAAGAAUAAAGUGUCAGUGAUGUA